AUGGUUAGGAUUAUUGACAACUGUAUCUUCAAAUCAAAAACACUUUCUGGUCGAACUUUCGUUGCUAAUGAAAUUGAGGAGUGUAACAACCUCUCUAGUCUGUACUGUAUUAUGCCGUUCAAAAAAGUCUCAUGCGCUCCAAUCGUACGUAGGUCCCUUGACGAUAAUGCAGCGAUGAAUAAUUCUCCACCCCUUGCAGCCGCCUUACUCGCCGCCUACAAAUACCAGGCCGAAUCAGUUCAGCGAUUGUCCCGCUAUUGUAUGGUCAUAGACUCUGGCUACUCUUUCACUCAUCUACUUCCAAUGGGAGACGGGCGAAUUAUGUCUGAUUUUGUACUACGUCUCAGUGUUGGUGGGAAAAUUUUGACGAAUCGUCUGGUCGAAAUUGUCUCAUAUCGUCAUCUGGAUGUGCGUAGCGAGGUGUACAUAAUGAAUCAGUGCAAAGAGGACGUUUGCUACGUCUCCACAGAUUUUUGGGCUGAUCUUUCGACAGCCAAGUCCCUUGACGAUAAUGCAGCGAUGAAUAAUUCUCCACCCCUUGCAGCCGCCUUACUCGCCGCCUACAAAUACCAGGCCGAAUCAGUUCAGCGAUUGUCCCGCUAUUGUAUGGUCAUAGACUCUGGCUACUCUUUCACUCAUCUACUUCCAAUGGGAGACGGGCGAAUUAUGUCUGAUUUUGUACUACGUCUCAGUGUUGGUGGGAAAAUUUUGACGAAUCGUCUGGUCGAAAUUGUCUCAUAUCGUCAUCUGGAUGUGCGUAGCGAGGUGUACAUAAUGAAUCAGUGCAAAGAGGACGUUUGCUACGUCUCCACAGAUUUUUGGGCUGAUCUUUCGACAGCCAAAUCAAAUCCAAACAAAAAUCCUAUCCUGCGCGAAUAUGUUCUUCCUGACUACGCAGAAGUUCACCGUGGCUACGUUAGGGAUCCAAACGCUGAUGGUGGCACCAUUCAGAGCAAUUCUUCAGGCACCAUGGGUUUUAAACGAUCUACCCAACAGGGUUACGUGUUGCGGCUGAACAACGAGCGUUUCACAGUUCCGGAACUAUUGUUUCACCCAGGAGAUGUUGGCUACCGUGAAAUGGGUUUAACAGAAGCCAUAGGCUACCUGAUGUGUGAGCGUUUGCCACCCGCUGUGCGGCCAGGUGCAUGGGCAAAUUGUCUGGUUAUCGGAGGAAACGCUCGCUUUCCUGGAUUCUUGGAGAGACUAAAGUUGGAUUUGCGUUGCCUACCAGCAGACGACCUAGCCGUCAACGUUUUUUCACCAACUAAGGAAUGGGCUGUUGUGAAGAUGAAUAUUGAGGUUUAUGGACGGCAAGCGCUGCUCGGUGGACAUCUUGGGCCUAGUAUUGGUGUAUUAUCUCGUCUUUGGAAGUUUCAGUAUCUACUGAUCCAUGACAAUACGAUGCAAUUACUUGAUCUUCUAAACAAAACAGAUUGUGAUUUCCGGGAACACUUAGACGAUACACUUGUUAAUCGCCUAUGCAGUGCUGUCGCUUGCCAUGGUGCAGAACACGGAGGUAUUUUCCAUUCCGGAGAUUGGGAACAACAGCUUGGCAAAUUUUUUUCUACAGCGCAGAUUGAACGUCUUUGUGGUGACGAAAAUGGUAUGAAAGUGCUCAAACUCAGUUUUGUUGUGCUGCUUAGCUAUGGGAAUUGUGCCUCAUCUGAGCUAUCCAGCAUCCGCCAGAUUUUUGAAUCGUACCUGUCAACAACACACUUUCCAAAGUUCGGUAUUGCUAUCCUUGAAGCGACUGAUUGUUAUCUGAAAAGAUGUUGUACCUUGGCAGACCUCGGAGUUGUUGAUAGUAUAUUUGAUGACGCAGUUCCUCAGCUACUUCACAACAGUAUUCUUUGUAGGAGCAACAUCCAUCAAAGACAGUUUUUCAUAGAGUUGCUAGCUCACCUUUGUGUGUACAAUCAGAAUUCUUCUCAGACUGGAUGCCCCAACCGAAUCAUCCACUUGCUGACUGGCCAACUCUGUGAACUCACAGAAUUCAGCUUAUCGUUUCUGUUUAGACUUAACAAAAUCGCGUCUACUUUUUCCGUCUGUAUGUUUCCGAUUUCGUUACCUUCUAAAUUUCCUUUAAAUGAAACGAACGUUCAGAAUUGCUCUCUUCCUUAUCUGGCGAACAUCUUGUUUCUUUUCUGCAUGGAACUGCUGAACUUUGAAGAUGAUUUGGACAUAAUUUCACUGUUUUCGCAUUUCAACCCGUUUCCUGUACUUUGUGCCCAAACGAUUGGUGUGUACCUGCGUUCUGGGAUGCACGUAUCCGGUGACCUAUGGAAUCGUGUUGUCAGUUCAUGGUCCGAAGCUGUUGUGGAUAAUAUUGCUAAUAGUGCAUUCAUUUGUAAGAUCAUAAAUCCCGUAACUAAUGCCUCCGUAGGAUCAGGAAGACACCAAAACCAUGUGAAGAUUGAGUGCAAAAUUCUUAACCUUGUCUGGACGGAAGUAUUUUCAACCGAAUCUGCUGAAUCUCAGACGCAUCGUUUGCGGCUGGUCAAGCUGCUCAGGGUUCUCGUACAUCCCGAACUGGGGGCGACGCAACUGGACGGAUGGUUAGAGCGACUUUGGUUUCAUAUUGAGAAGCUUAGUGCUUGCUUAAGCGAUAGCGAGUCAGUCGCCGAACUGGAGGCGGUACUUUGCCUUGGUGUUGAGAUCUGUCGUAUCCUGUUCGCGCAAGGACAGAAUAAGUCCGUAGUGAGUUAUGUGCAUAAGUUGCAUGCACUUACAAUCCGUCAUAAGGAUGGUACACUAUUUUAUCCAUGUAUGCAUACACUUGCACAGCUAAUCAGGGAGACAAAACUUCCUGUUAACCACGGAGAUUUUAGCGUAAUCCUUUUUUCAAGCUUGGAGUGUAUACUGUGCUCGUCUGGGCCAGAAAACGAAGUUCUCUUCUGGGAUCGUGAGACAUUAGCUAGAGACUGUUCAAAUAUCCUUUUGGACCUUACAGUAGCAGCUGAUUGGCCCGAUUCCACACAAGCUGGGUUUGUCCAGUUGAUGACAAGCUUAUUGAGUAAUGAUCCGGAGCCUUGCGCCGUACCACUUCAGUUUGACUGUCGGAUCACACUACUUUGUGUGUAUCUCCGCUUCGUUGCUUCCCUUCUGCGCUGCCCGAUCAAAGACGCCACACAAUCUAUCGAUUGGCUACUGCAUGCUGGCUCGUAUUUGCUGAAUUUCAAUACAUCCGAAUAUGUUGGUUGGGAAUUCACUGUUCGGGAGGCGGUACAACAUUCGUAUGAUCGGCUGCUUCAGAUGGACGAGAUAGCUCAGCGGUUAGAGCGCGAACUUACUGACCGGAAGGUCCGAGGUCCGAAUCCGAACUCUGGCUAUCUUGGUUUGAGCAACCUGGCAGUAUCCCAGAUCUCAUGCCUUCUUCCGUUGACAUGGGUGCAUGAUAUGAAUGCCCAAUGUGGACGACUAAGCCCGAGAGAAGCACAACUAAGGGGUAUAUUUGAAGUCAAUGCUCAGCGCAUGGAUAGCGUUGAGCGAGUGGUUUAG